UGGACUGCUGAACAAAUUUUUAAAUUGUGCACCGAUGAAGCAUAAAUAAAUUUUGGGCAAAAGUAGUUUAAAACAGAUGCCCCGCGGUGCGAAAGCUAAGUAAAAAUCGCUAUCAGAAAGAGGCAACCGCCGCCGCCAGCCUAAAAUAAAAAAAAAAAAUAAACAUUGCAGACUUAACUACAAGUGCAUUCGCGUUACAUUCGAAGGCAAAGUUAUUGACAAAAGGUAAACAAUUAAGUCACAGUGAAGCGUUGCCGAGCAAAGCAGUUGCACGUGGCUAAAUGUGGAACUUUAAGAGGAAGCUCGUAUACUCGGGGUAAAAACAAACCGCUACAACCUAGCACAUUAGCCUCCACUACACCCCUUCUAUUUCGGCUGUGUGCACCAUAGAUGUGCUCCGGCUGAAACGUUGAGAAGGAUAGAAAACAGCUGCAGCUGUUUCACUGUGUCAUCCAACUGACUGCCGCACAAAAUAAUACAACUGCAUACAUGCAUACCAUAUAAUCGCUUGUGUACAUAUGUAUGUCGAAAAAUAAAUAUGGGUACGAAAUUGUGAAACAAAAAUAAUAAAGAAAAAAAAAAACAUCGUGGAGAUGUUCAAAAUUUAAGAACUUUCAUAAAUUCAUCCGCUUUACAAAAUACGGUGAAAUAGAUAUAAAACAGCACCCCCACCCCUGAUGCACACAAUUACGAAUGUGUGUAGGAGUUUUCAAGGCGUAAACAAUAACUAAUUAAAAGUAACUGUCAAAGAAGCUAAAAAAACAAUCGUUGUGCACGCGGUAUCUUAGGCGGGUCGACCAGUGCUCUUUUAAUAUUCUCUUAAAUGAUUGAAUUGUGAUAGAUUAAGUUGGGCUUUACGCUGUGAGCGUUUUCCAACUAAAUCAAUUAUCGAUCAACGUCUUCUCCAACCCCAAUUCACUAAGAAACGCAUAUGUGGCACUCUAUCAAUCAUAUGGCCCCUAUAAUAUUUAAGAUGAGAAGAUGCUUAUAAACUCUUCAUUUUGUCAAUAAUUGAAAAAUUUUCACGCUCUACGCCUCUUGGCAAUCGUGACUUGGUAAACAUUUGCACUGGCCGCAUUUUUCUCCUUGGCACAUUUUUUUAUGAUGGCUCUUGACGGCAAGACGAUAAUUAAAGAAGAAAUUACUGAUAAGGACGUCUAUGAGGCUGCUGCAUCCAAUAAUUCUAGUCGACGGAACAAAGCAAAUUCUUCCUCCAACUCUUCUUCCGGCAAGGAUUCGAGCAACAGCAAUAACUCGUCGCAAACUAACGGCUGCACUGGUGCAAGUGGUAGCAGUGGGGUGAGCAACUCUAGUUCGACUUGUACGAAUCCAAACGCUAACGGAGCGCGCAGUUGCCGCACCCCCGACUCCCCGGAGAGCGCACGUGCUAUUGCACCACGUUCACCUAUGUCACCACAACUGCAUCAUUCAAGCCUGGCCCCACCACCACCACGACCGAAUCGUAAUGCCAGCGCCUCACCGGUAGUGAAUGGAGCUACGACCACCACAUCACCGCCUCCACUCCCCACACCACCUACACAAGCGGCACUGGCCGCGGCCGCUGCUGCAGCUGCAGUGCAUGCUGAGCAGGCACGACUACUCAGUAAGAUACGUAAAUUCCUUGGUUCUCUGGUACAGUUAGCGCAAGAGAUUCAUCCCGAAGUGAGCGAUCGUGUACGUGCGCUAGUGCUUUCACUGGUCAGUGGAGGUAUAAGCAUUGAUGAGUUCCGCCUAACGCUGCAAGAUGCCAUCAAUUUGCCAUUGCGCCCGUAUGUCAUUCCAUUACUCAAAAGUCAUAUUUCCCUGCUGCAACGCGAGAUUUCCGAAUUAGCUCGUGCCAGUAAUCAGACUACACUACAAUACGUUACCACGAAUGAGAAUGUUGUAAUGGAGUUUUCUCCACACGGACCAUCUGCGGAAUACAGUGACAUGUUCAUACAUAUGGAUGCUGCGCAGGCUGCAGCAGCAGCAGCCGUUGCCCAAGCCACAGCGUCCAACAGCGCCGGUACUACCAGCCUCGUCUUUAAGCGGCGAGCUUCGGACACUCUGAUGGAACACCACAAUGGAAUACAAGACUGGAAUGAUUAUAUGGCCACUUAUCCGCCUGCCAAGCGUGCUUUACACGCACAUUCGGCUCACUUAAGCGCCGCAUCGGCCGAUGCACGUCUUGCAUUUACCAGCCAACCAACCGUUUUUGAUUACUCGGCUGCAGCUAGUAGCACGUCAGCAGUAACGCAAUCCGAGAAUAACUUCAACAGUCUUAUGGAGAAGGCAAAUCACAGGGAAGAUCGUGAUCUGCGAGUUAAUAUCGUUGCUGAAAAUGCAGCGCAACGACACCCUUCACGGACUGGUCCCCCAAGCGCAAACACUAGUGGGGGUGCUGCUGGCAGUGUCAAUACCACACUUGGAGGCGAAGAGGAAUGGAAGAAUAUACACACCAUGUUGAACUGUAUCUCGGCAAUGGUAGAUAAGACAAAACGGGCAAUUACCAUAUUGCAACAGCGGGGCGUAGAGCCACAACAGCCCAACUACAGCGAAGUCACACCAGCAUCAUUGGCCGAAAUACGACGUCAGACUGAAGAGAAGGUCGCUGAGUUCAAACGAAAUGCCGAGGAAGCAGUCAACCAGGUGAAACGUCAGGCGGUGAUUGAAAUACAGCGCGCAGUGGUAGCAGCUGAAACCCGCGCAUCAGAAGUGAUGUCACAGGAACGCUUGCGCAUGGAAAAGUUUUUCGUCGAGAUGAGUCGCCAUUCAGGCGGUAUCCACAAUUCCAGUGCAGCUAUCGCAGGUGUGGCAGCAGCAACGGUGCCAGCCGAACGUGAAUUGGACAACAAGUCUCCGUCGAUUACAGCCGGGCAAAAUGCUUGCUGGAAUUGUGGACGUAAAGCAACCGAAACUUGUUCUGGCUGCAAUUUAGCCCGUUAUUGUGGCGCUUUCUGCCAGCACAAGGAUUGGGAACACCACCACCAGAUUUGCGGCACCACGCGAUCAUCUGACCUUUCUGCUAAACACAGCGUGUCCCAGGGGAUCCCACUUACGGCGAACAUGCGCGGCUCUAUCUCAAGAUCUCCGCCCAAUCAGCUGCAGUCAUCACAGUCAACGUCUCAAGUCCCGCAGCCGCAGAACUCAGGCAGCGGUAGUGUUGCGCCACCCAGUUCACUCGUGGCGAACGGGAUCAGCUCCAAAUGACGCAUUCGCAUGAUGAAACCGAAGAAAAAGUACUUGUGCUAGUCAAAUUAAACUAAAAAUUAACAUAUGCAUUAAUUAAUUAGAAAUAACUACAAUAUAAACUACAUUUAUUGAUACUAUGUAUAAAAAUUUGCGAAAAAUUGGAAAAUGAGAACUUGAGAACGGCAUUGAAACGUUAAAAAUAAAAGUAAUUUUAUUACAUCAACCCAACAAUAUCAAAACCAUAAUCAAAAUAGACUUUAAAAAUUUAUUAUAUAAUAUAAUGUAAUAGAGGAGAUACAAUUUUAACGUUUGGUAUUCACAUAUACAAUUGCAGACUUCAAAUGUUAUUGAAACGUUUUAUGCACAGAUACUAAAUAUAU